UUGUAGCCAUGAGCAUUUAGGAAGGAAGAUUUGUUCUUUAAUUAGCCAGUUAUUGUAAUGAGUUAACUGAGCUUAAGUUAUAAACCUCAAAAUCUAAUCAAGUAACAAUCAAGUAUUAAUGAUCAUGCUAAGUUAAUUAUAGUGUUUGAUGUUCCAUCGUUGAAGCUAAUAUAUUAACGAGGCUCUGGUCAAACGUAUACACAAUUUAAAAAAACAACUAGAAUCAGUGUUUCUUGAAUUCUGAACGUUAGCUUGGGUUUUAAUAAAAUGGGACGGAAAGGGCGUGACGACGCGAGGAUAACUCUGCAAGGAAUAGCUGUGGUUGUCACUUGUGUGAUUGUUCCCCUUUGCCAGGGCCAUGGCAGACUACUGGACCCACCGUCUCGAGCUACGAUGUGGCGGCUGGGAUUUAAUUCACCGCCAGACUACGACGACCAUCAGGGAUAUUGUGGCGGGAAAGAAGCGUUGUGGAACAGAUUCGGCGGCAAAUGUGGCGUGUGUGGCGACCCUUAUUCACCAACUCCACGUGCUCACGAAAAGGGCGGGGCAUUUUACUUAGGAAAGCCGACGAGAACCUACCAAUCAGGCGAUCUGAUUACUGUCAAGUUUGGGAUCACAGCUAAUCACAGGGGUUGGAUCGAGUUCCGCCUGUGCAAUUAUGAUGACCCAGAAGAAGGCGACAUUGAGUAUGAUUCCGAUGGGGACUUCGUGGAGGUCACACAAGAAUGUCUAGACAAGCAUCUGUUGCAACUGGAGGACGGAGAAACUAGAUACGAGCUUGAAGAGCCCUACGCCUCUGGAGAGUUCGAAGUGGAUGUUCGCCUUCCCAAGGGUGUCUCCUGUUCAAAAUGUCUGUUCCAGUGGAAAUGGAAUGUUGGAAACAGCUGGGGGACUAAUCCUGACGGAGCAUCGUGCAUUGGCUGCGGGAAACAGGAACAGUUCUACGCCUGCUCGGAUAUUGUCAUCGAGCCACGUUCUUCUGACAGGAAAUCCACGAAACGACCUUUGACCACUGGACGUAGAAACAGCACCAGACCCACUACCCGCAAACCCAAUGGCAGGCCGACAAAGACCAGAUCAACCCCUCUACCUCUUACCUCAACCUCUGUGCCCCCCAGCACCACUCCUCCAAGCCAACCAACUACAACGACUGUCAAGAGCAGCACGAGUGACAGUCCCAUGGGCUGGUUCAUAAAGCACGUUCCUCUGUUCUUCCACAACUCUGAAACAGACAAGAUUCCAAGCGAUCCAGCCUACGUGAUGGCAGGAAGUGCUCUGACAAACGACGACGCCAAAGAGAAAGCCUCGCUCGCUUCAAGCUUGUGGGAGUUUGUGUCUGAGUUCAAGCCUCAUGCCUCUAUUGAAAACCCCCUUCACGUCAAGUUCCCGAAUCCGGAGAGAUGGCAAGAGCCCAGCGCCAAAAGUGGAGACCUAUCCUUGAAUGGUGUCUUGCAGUCCAACGAAUCCCAGCAUCACCAAGAGCGGAAGCCAUGGUGGAGAAAGCUUGGCGACAAACUGGGGAAAGGUCUAUUGUGGAACAUCAUCAUGGGCCGUAAAGAUGACCGAACGUAUUCCAAGAUAAAACCUAAACGAAGCAUAGACAAACCUGACCACGUGAUUGUGCCCAAUCCAAGCAAUGGUACGCAGAUUGAAAAGCGUUUCCAAGAAAACAGUGAAUCUAAAAGUGUCUUUGAAAACACACAAUCCUCUUUUUCUGAGAAUUCCACUAUCAUUGGAUUGAACACGUCAGGGAGAGGCAACUCUCAACAGUCAUCAAAUCAAGAAAACAUUCUGAGAAUAAAACGUAGCGAAAAGACAGUAACCUAUAUACAAGAAAUGUCACAGCCUGAAGUCACUCUAAGUGAAAUACAGAAACUUCGAUCCAUGACUGAAGAGCCAGGUUCUGACGAGUCAUACGACAAAUCCAAAAUUUCUUCCACAGUGGCAAAACAGCCAGAUAAAAGCUCUCCAUUAAAGGCAACAGAGAUCACAGGCAAAUCUAACAACAAAAUCACUUCAUCCAAAGCUGAAGGUAUGAACAUAAUCUCAACAGAAAGUAAUUCCAGCAAAAAUAAAGACAAAAAUGAAGACAAAAAAAACACAAACAAGAAGCAAGAAAAACCUACACUUCUUUGCCAAGAAAUAAUUCCAAACAAAGAAGUUAAGAAGGUAUCAGAUCAAGAAAAUCUGGACAAAAAGGCUGAAAAUAAAAACUAUAAAAUAAAAGAAGAACAAUCAGAUUUAUUAAAACUAAAGAACACAAAAUCUAAUCAAAGUAAUAACCCUAACAAAAAUGAAAGUGAUUUGAAUUUCAUUGUGUUCAAAAAUAAAAAUAAGAACAAUAAAUUUGAAAAUAUGAAAGAGACAGGUCAUGGAAAUGAAGAAAGCCACGAAGAAGAGCAUGGACAUGAAAGCCAUGAAGAACAUGGACACGAAGAAGAACAUGGACAUGAAGAAGAACAUGGAAACGAAGAAGAACAUGGACACGAAGAAGAACAUGGACACGAAGAAGAACAUGGACAUGAAGAGAGCCACAAAGAAGAACAUGGACAUGAAGAAGAACAUGGACAUGAAGAGCAUGGACAUGAAGAAAGCCACAAAGAAGAACAUGGGCAUGAAGAAAGCCACGAAGAAGAACAUGGACAUGAAAGCCAUGAAGAACAUGGACACGAAGAAGAACAUGGACACGAAGAAGAACAUGGACACGAAGAAGAACAUGGACACGAAGAAGAACAUGGGCAUGAAGAAGAACAUGGACAUGAAGAAAGCCACAAAGAAGAACAUGGACAUGAAGAAGAACAUGGACAUGAAGAGCAUGGACAUGAAGAAAGCCACGAAAAAGAACAUGGACAUGAAGAACAUGGACAUGAAGAAAGUCACGAAGAAGAACAUGGACAUGAAGAAAGUCACGAAGAAGAACAUGGACAUGAAGAAAGCCACGAAGAAGAACAUGGACAUGAAGAAGAACAUGGACAUGAAGAGCAUGGACAUGAAGAAAGCCACGAAGAAGAACAUGGACAUGAAGAAAGCCACGAAGAAGAACAUGGACAUGAAGAAGAACAUGGACAUGAAGAGCAUGUACAUGAAGAAAGCCACGAAGAAGAACAUGGACAUGAAGAAGAACAUGGACAUGAAGAGCAUGGACAUGAAGAAAGCCACGAAGAAGAACAUGGACACGAAGAAGAACAUGGACAUGAAAAAGAACAUGGACAUGAAGAAAGUCACGAAGAAGAACAUGGACAUGAAGAAAGCCACGAAGAAGAACAUGGACAUGAAGAAAGCCACGAAGAAGAACAUGGACAUGAAAACCACGAAGAAGAACAUGGACAUGAAGAAGAACAUGGACAUGAAGAAGAACAUGGACAUGAAGAAAGCCACGAAGAAGAACAUGGACAUGAAGAAGAACCCACGAAGAAGAGCAUGGACAUGAAGAAGAACAUGGACAUGAAGAAGAACAUGGACAUAAAGAAAGCCACGAAGAAGAACAUGGACAUGAAGAAGAACAUGGACAUGAAGAGCAUGGACAUGAACAAAAACAUGGACAUGAAGAGCAUGGACACGAAGAAGAACAUGGACAUGAAGAGCAUGGACAUGAAGAAGAACUUGGACAUGAAGAGCAUGGACAUGAAGAAAGCCACGAAGAAGAACAUGGACAUGAAGAGAAUAGACAUGAAGAGCAUGGGCAUGAAGAAAGCCACGAAGAAGAACAUGGACAUGAAGAAAGCCUCAAAGAAGAACAUGGACAUGAAGAGCAUGGACAGGAAGAAGAACAUGGACAUGAAGACCACGAAGAAGAACAUGGACAUGAAGAAGAACAUGGGCAUGAGGAAAGCCACGAAGAAGAACAUGGACAUGAAGAGCAUGGACAUGAAGAAAGCCACGAAGAAAAACAUCGACAUGAAAGCCACGAAGAAGAACAUGGACAUGAAGAAGAACAUGGAAAUGAAGAGCAUGGACAUGAAGAAAGCCACGAAGAAGAACAUGGACAUGAAGAAGAACAUGGACAUGAAGAGCAUGGACAUGAAGAGCAUGGACAUGAAGAGCAUGGUCAGACGGGAGAUCGAAGUCAACACGACAGACGUAGACGUUCAGUUAUAG